AUCUUUUGCCUCAGUUUUACACAUAAACUUGAAACUUGAGAGUUACCAUUUAGUCAGACCAGAAAGCUAAGUGCAAAUGAAUAAUCAGAGCAAUUUGAAACGCAGUUACAUAGAGAUGGCGGAAGCCGCCGAUCAUAUCUCUUCAACUAUCAACCACUUUCACAGCAGCAGUAGCAAUGACAUGGUCGAGCCACAGACGGCCAUGGCCGACGAUGCUUGUAUACAACCACAACCACAACCGCAGCAGCAGCAGCAGCAACCGCACAUUGCUCUGCCUCCGUUGGUGGAGGAUUUGCUGACCCAACUUUGUAACAAGAGAAAGCAACCCCAGCCAGGCUACGACGUCAGGCGGAGGCUGGGUUUGCUGGGCGAGGAGAAGGCCCUCCAACUCCUCCAUGAAAUCGACGAGGCAAAAGUAAUCAAAACCCUCAGUGGCUUCAUCAUGUGGAUGAUCCUUAAUAAACCACAAUAUCAAUGUCCCUCUCCUUCAAAGUAUGCCCCUGUUUUUCUUCUGCAAACCCAAUUGUCUGCUUCUCCAUUUACGCCUUCUGUUCACAUAGACCAUGGAGGGCUGAGGCCACCUUAUUCCUAUUCCUCUGCCUCUGCCUCAUCUUCAAAAGCUCUACGUGUUUCUCCGUAUCAAGGCCCAUCAUAUGCUCCUCCUUCUACUAUUACUCCUGUUCGACUUUUUAAGGACCCUCUGCCUCUACCUCAACCUUUUCCUCAAGAUGGUGGUGCUGAGAUGUGGCACGAGGCUGUGCUGGGGAAAUACUGUAAAUGUGGAAAACAGGCGAUCUUAAGGACGUCUUGGACAGAUUUCAAUCCUGGAAGGAGGUUCUAUGUUUGUGGCACACAAGGGACAAGUCGUCGGUGUGAUUUGUGGGAGUGGGCGGACCCAGAGAUGUGUGAUCGUUCCAAGCAGAUCAUUCCUAUGCUAUUACGGCAUAUCAAAACCACGGAGGAGGAACUUCAAUUGCAGAGAGCUAAAAUAAAGAAGAUUAGGUUUUGGUUGGGCAGCUGUUUACUUGUGAUGAUUAUUUUAGUGCUUUCUAUGUUAUCGAAAUCAAAUUACAAGGAUGAGAAACACCUGAAAUUGAAAUUAAUGUGAUGAAGGGGUUUGAGGUCAUGUGUUAGUGGAAUAUCUAAAUAUAAGAAGUAAACGGAAGUAAGUGAAGCUUGAUUGCCGGGUGAAGAUUACAGUUUGGUUUUGUCUCCAUUCUUUGUCAAGGAUGCGCAUGCAAAAUGUUAAUAUCCUAAUAAUGUUUGUGAGGCACUGCUUGCUUUAUACAUCCAAACCAAACU